AUGGUGCAGCUGAAGCUGGUGCCCCAGGCCCUCCUCUCCCUGGUGGGCCUGCUCCGGCUGCUCCAGGUGGUCCUGUGCUGUGUCACCUUCAGCCUGGCUGCCUCGGGCCCCAGGCUGGUCUCCCCAUUUGGUGUGUGGUGUCUGUGUUCCUGGUGUAUCUGUUUCUUGCUGUCUCUGGUCAUUCUGGGGCUAGAGUUCCUGGGUUUGGACUCACAACUGCCCCUGUCCUGGGAGAACUUUACUUCAGUGACAGCCACGCUGGCCACCUUGCUGACCUUCACCGCAUCCAUCAUGUACCCCAUCGACUCUGUGCCAAGGAACCCAACGGGCUGGCCCUACCAGGCAGCAGCCACGGCCACGGCUCUGUCCUGUGUGUGCUUUGUGAUCUAUGCAGUGGAGGUGGGCCUAACCUGGGCCAGGCCAGGGCAGUGCCGGGGCUUCCUGUCCACUGUGCCUGGCUUGCUGAAGGUGUUUGAGGUCUACGUGGCGUAUGUGAUCCUGGCCCUGGUGGAUGUCGACCACAUGUAUGCCAAUAAUGCAGGGUGCCAGUGGUGUAUGGCUGUAUUCUGUUUCUGCUUUGUGGGCACGCUGGUUAUCAUAGGGAUCAGCAUAGGGCAGCAGCUGGGCACCUUGCCCUUGCCUGUGGACAAAAUACUGGUGGCCCUUACAGGCCUGGCAUCAGUGCUCUACCUCUCAGCUGCCAUCGUGUGGCCUAUCUUCAUCUUCAAGGAUGCCCUUUCAAAUCAUCAGCUCAGCUCAGCGGUGGGAGCCACUGUCCUCACCUACAUCAACCUGCUGGCCUAUACUGCUGACCUCGUCUUCUCCAGCCGCAUGGCGUUUUUCAUGGAGUCCACAUAG